UUGAUGGACCGUGAUCCAAAAAUUUCCCAAAUCCUAACAUCCAAUUCAAUGCCAACCGUCUAUUCGUGGGCCAUUAGUAUUGUCCUAGGCAUGGUCCAUCAUUUGGGGCCAAACAGACCAAUGGCUGGGAUUACUUUCGGAAACUGAAAGCUCAAGCAUACUACACACAUCCUUAAUCAUACAAUUCCUGAUUUUCUAAUGGCCCAUCUCUAUUUAAUCCUCCCACAUGUCCACCAUCCUUAUCUUAUACAUUCACCAAAAACCCAUGUGUAUAAAACAAAUCUCAUCCACCCAAUGCACCCACAUGGCCCACCACCUUCUAACAGUAAGUAAAAUCACAAGCCAGCCCACCCCAACUCACUGCCUGGUUGUUUGAGCAUCUUCCUCAAAUCAAAAUCCCAAUCCAACACUGUCAUGAUCUAGUCAAAUGAAAAAAACAGGAAUCUAUCACAGCACACAUCUGGAUCUUACAUUGUCUUUGUUCUUUGACCACCAUUAGACUUCUUUUCUAUAUAAACUCCAACCAAACAAGCUUUAAAAUCUCAAUUCUUUCUGAUUGAUAUUGAAUUGCAUUUGAUCAGAUAUAAUUGCAAUGGCUUUCCAAGAUUUCACAAGAACGGGUGGUAGAAAUCACUGCUAGAAGAAUGCUAAAAGGAGAGAAAGAACAGGAAUGCGAUGGAUUCGAAUUUGAUAAUGAUGGGCUGGCAUGUAAGGAUCCUUUCACGAUUUUGCUGACCAGAGCCAAUAGUAGUAAGACCUGUUUCUACAGCAAUCUGAACUUGAAGAAUCUCAGAAACUUCUACCACCGGAAGAGAGAUUGCCCACACACAGCGAAAGAAGAUUGUAUGGGUCACAACAAGGCCGAAUCGGCGAAUGUAAGCAGCAAAGUCCUGCCGAUUUGUGAUGCGGCGUUAGCGGGCGGCUCAACAGGCCCAGAUUGCAGCAGCGAUGCUUCGAUGAACAGGAAGAGACGGGCAAUUUCUCGAAUGAAGGAGCUUUUGAGGUGGGCCGCGGUAGCGAAGUCUGAUAAAGGAGGAAUCAAGCGAUGGAAGGUUUUACACUUCCGCAACAGAAGUGCACUCAAAGACUCGUUCGAUGAAACGAGCUCGGGCUCGAGCAAGAUCAGCUUCACAUGGGAUGUGGGCAGCUGUUCCACGGCGUCGGCAUUAUCUCCAUUGUCACUGCCAUCAUCCUCGGCAAGUCGCCGGACGUCGACGACUCAGCAUCUGGAAUGCAUCAGUGAGGAGAUGUGGGUGGGCCCGAAAACUGAGGAAUGCACGAGAAUUGGGAAUUGGAUCACCACAGAUUCUGAAUUUGUGGUGCUAGAGCUCUGAAACGGACCGAAAGAAGGCUCUCUUUCAACCCAGUUAGAAUCAGUUGGGCCCACCUCACAGGUGCCAGAAACUGCAGCGAUCUAUCCCUUUUGGGUCUUCUUCAAAUAUGUAAUGAAUGAUACAAGGAUCAGAAGCCAUUAAAUGGUGGGGCCCACCAUUGAUCUGAGUUGUAAGACGAUGAUGUGAAUUCAUCCUUUUUUUUUCCCUCUCUAACUUCUACAAGAUUUUCAUAUUAAAUCUCAAACGUACAACUGCGUUCGUUUCUUGGUUAACCGGCACUCACCUCUCCACUGUGGUCCCCACCAGAUGGAUGGUUUAGA